GCGUAUUGAAACUUCGGAGCCAUCUAAGAUAAUAUGGCGACUUCCAUGAACGCAUCCUAGUUUUUGAAACAUUCAUAAUCUUUCUUGUAGUAUUACGUUAUGAAAUAGGCCACUGUAUACAAUAUUUACUAAAAUUCUGGAUCGUAUGACCAUAAAUAUAACAUACAUGGUCUUCGUAACGCUUAUUUGGUAAUUGCAAUGCAGAUUACAAACAAACAUGUCAGGAUGAAAGUCAUUACAGUCAAGUAUAUCCUUGGCUAUAAUUGGCAAGGUGAAGGUCCGUGAAGCUUCGUAUUGUAAAACUGCUGCCUCAGUUCUUGGUAUACAUCAUUAGGAGUAUCUGGACUAGGAAGGCAAGGGUCAACACAGUGAUUCACUAUCAAGAAAGCACAAAGGAAAUUCGAACGAGUUCGGCGGAAUGGCGGACGAGUGUGUGUGGGAGCCGAGGGGCGAGCGCGACGAACCGCUGGCUGUCAGUGAACGCGAGGGUGAACAGGCGUCCCUCGGCGCGUCGCGCGCCGGCGACGACACUGUGGACUCCAACGACGUAUCAGUCGGAGAGGAAGCCAUGGAGGAGGAGCCAGUCGCGGAGGAGGAGCCAGCCGCGAAGGAUGAGUCGGCCGUAAAGGAGGAGCCGGUCAUAAAGGAGGAGCCGGCCUCGAAGGAGGAGUCAGCCGCGAAGGAGGAGUCGGCCGUGGAGGAGGAGCCGGUCAUAAAGGAGGAGCCAUCCGUAAAGGAGGAGCUGGCCUCGAAGGAGGAGUCUGCCGCAAAGGAGGAGCUGGCCUCGAAGGAGGAGUCGGCCGUGGAGGAGGAGCCAUCCGUAAAGGAGGAGCUGGCAUCGAAGGAGGAGUCUGCCGCAAAGGAGGAGUCGGCCGCGAAGGAGGAGUCGGCCGUGGAGGAGGAGCCAUCCGUAAAGGAGUCGCCGUCCGUAAAGGAGGAGCUGGCAUCGAAGGAGGAGCAGGCGGUCGCGCGGCCCAAGUUCCUCGAGGUGUCGCGUACGUUCCUCGCCGACGGCGCCACCUGGGAGCGGCUGCGGCUGCGGCUCGGCCGCGCGACGCGGGUCGGCGACGCCGUCGUCGUGACAACGACGUGCUACGACACGGCGUCACGCGAGCUCGCGCGCCGCGGCUGCUGCCUGCGCCAGCGCGGCGGCCACUGGUCGCUGACGUGCCCCGCGUGCGGCGGCGGCGACGGCGACGACGGCGACACGCUGCAGCUGUUCUGCAAGGAGUCGCACAUCCUCGAGCAGCUUGCCGCGGCCGGCGUCGCCGGCGUCUCGGAGAAGGAUCUGCAGCUGGAGGGCAUCGAGGCGUCGCUGCGCGAGGUGUCGCGCGCGGACGAGACGAGCGAGACGUAUCGGCUCGACGAUGGCUUCCUUGUGAGGCUGAUGACGACCGGCGGGAGCAGGCACGCGGUUGCCGAGGUGCAGAGGAUUGCCGUCGAUGCAUCGCGACUGCCUCAUGCGCUCACCCGAAUUGACGAAUUGGCGAAUAACUUAGGUCUGCGGGACUGGUGCACGGCAGCGCUGGAUGAGGUGGAAGCGUGAAGUGCAGAAGACAAGAGUCUUCUAGUGGGAAGUGGUGUCGCACUGCGACAUCAGUGAAGAACAAUCAAGACUUCUGCAUAGGACAAGCGGCGGUCCAACUGUAGUUUUUUCCACACGUCUCACUAAGUUUUCUUUUAGCCUGUUCGGUGUUGCACAUUAGCAUAUAUUCGAGCUUACUAGAGAGAGUUGGUAAGCGUCCUUUUGCGUCAGAUGCCGUUGAAGCAAAACGUUGGCACAAGAUGCAAAGGAAAAUGUAGACACGGUCACAGUUGUAAACAGUGUAUAUGUCUCGAAACAGCUACGGCCAGUUUACUCGUUUUACGCUGUGUGUAUUUUUUUAAAUUCUGAACAGUGAUUUCUUUCGAAUCGCAUACACCAAAGAGUAGAGUGCAAUAUAGCAAUCCAACACUUUUCAUUUUAUUUGUGUUCCAAACAGAUUAUGAUGUGGCUUCGGGUGUAUAUCCCUAUGUAUUCGCUGCAUUGCUUUGCGCUCGUACCUUCCAAGCCUCGGCAAUGAAAGACUUCCCGAGUCAGUAUUGCUUGAUAAUCACUUCAUCGCAGUUUCGAUUUAAUAUUGACGUAGCCAUAUCAUGUUUCUUUGUCGAACAAAGAAAUAUGGCUCCGUAUGCCAAUAAAACAGAGUCAUCAUGGAAGACAACGCACGGCAGGAAUGGUAUUGCCAAAUUUGAGUAAAUUAGUUCAUCCAGUCCCGGUGUCAGAUGUCAUAGUGUCCACGUCUCUCCCCUUGGUUGCUAUCGAGCGUUGUGUAGCGAUCAUAGCUUUAUUACGUAGCGUCUCCAUUUUAUACGUUAAUAUAUAUUCUUCCGGUGGCAUGCAUCUUAAGCGGAUGUAAGUUAUAAUGCUGCCGUUGUUUUGUACCGGCUGAUGUUAAUCCUGACUGAUGUCAUUCCGCGUUGUUUUCAGUCGAUGUUAAGGAAAUAAACCCGCGGGCCCUUUCGGCUAUGCCCAUAGAAUGUUCGAGCUUUAGAGUACGUCGAAGCCAUCACUUGUCAUUAUUAGUGUAGGCUCGUAAUUUAGUGGUGAGCAGGACAGUGGCAUGGUUUGUAUGCAAACUGGUUAGCUUGCACACCGUGAACACAACAGCUGCCACCGGUAACGCACUUUCUGCGCCAUUUGCAGUAUUCUAGUUGCAGUAUUAUUUUGCACAUGUAGGUAGCUUUGUAAUCUGUAUAUGUACUUAAAUUUUUACUCGAGGUUAGUGAAUGAUUCGCUAAUACAAGAGCACGUAACUUGUAGGAA